CUCUCUCUUUGCCUUUCCUCUCAGGCUCAGAGUGUGCACCCAUACUCUGAGCCAGUGAAACGAUACAAUGAAAACUUCUCUUUGAGAAGCAUUUGAUUGGACUUCCCAAAGGCAGAGAUGAAUGCAGAUGAAGACAGGAGAGCCACGCUAGAAGCUUCACCCAGAACUGUAUUACAGCGAGAAGAUAUCAAGCUGAAAUAGUCUGCUCACGCAAGAUGUUACAUCAUAUUGUCUUACUUGGCGCUGUCACGUUGCUUGGAAUUCUGGAACAAGCCUACUUUGCACUACAGGUGAUUGCUGCCAGGCGGAAAUACAAAGUGUCCCCUCCUAGCACAUCUGGAUCGCCAGAAUUUGAAAGGGUUUUCAGAGCACAGGUAAACUGUUCAGAAUAUUUCCCUUUGUUCUUGGCUGCACUCUGGUUGGCUGGAAUCUUUUUCCAUCAAGGCUUGGCUGCAACCUGUGGACUUGUCUACCUGUUUGCUCGAUACUGCUACUUUCAAGGUUACAGUGCAUCCUCAAAGGACAGGCUGUUUCCGAUGUAUCUCAAUGCUGGAGUCCUGUGGGUGCUGAUUGGGCUAUCUGCAUUAGGGAUCAUUAAUGCAUUAUUUUCCCAUUAUUUGGGACUUGAAAUCCUUUAAAUGCAUUGUAACGCGUGGGACCAUCCAGAGGCUAUAUAAGACUGGGAUAGACUAUAACUAUCUGGCAAGUGGAUCUUAUUAGUGCUACUCAAACCAGUCUUCAAACCACUCCAGCAGUCCUGGAUUUAGACAUUAACCAUUUCUGCUCCAAUGUUGAUAUCAGUAAAUCUGGACUGUAUUGAUAUCCUUCAAACCCAAAAUAUAGGUUUUAAUCUGAUUGAGAAAUAUAGUAGAUUUUGAUUGGAUAAAUAUUGUUUAGCCAUAUACUAAUAUGUAUAAAGUGAGUAUAGAACCAAAUUGUUUAUAGCCUGAUUCCCUUCCUGCAUAAUGUAUACCUGGAACAUGAAAAUGUAAGCCCUGGAUCCAUGUACCUGUGAGAAGGGGUUAAAAAAAAGGACACUAUAGUCACCUGAACAACUUUAGCUUAAUGAAGCGGUUUUGGUGUAUAGAACAUGCCCCUGCAGCCUCACUGC